UCCGCCCCCCGCGCGGCUGGACCGCCGGCCGCUCACCGCGCGCAGGGAUCCGGCCACGCGCCGCCCCUCCCCCCGCCGGCUGCCGGGCCGGGCCCUCGCCCACCGGGUUCCCCUCCCCGGCGCCCGCCAAGACGGAGGGCUGGGCCGCGAGGGUCGCUCUUCCCGACGGGGCCGGGCCGCCAGAGGUCCCGGGCGCCGGCGCCCCUCUGGGACUACUUUUCCUCCGCGGAGGGACUACUUCGCGGAGGCGUCGCUGGCGGCGCGCACGGCUGGCGGCGGCGGUGGCGGCGGCGGCGCGCCUGGGAGAGGGACGCCGGCCCGGUCAGGCCUCGGCGCGGCCUACACGCUCCGUCGCUCGCUCCCACCCUCGCCCCGCGCCCCGCGCCCGGCCCGGCCAUGGCGGAGUCCUCGCCCGCCCGACGCCCGGUGCCCCUCAUCGAGUCCGAGCUGUACUUCCUUAUCGCCCGCUACCUGUCGGCCGGCCCGUGUCGGAGAGCCGCCCAGGUGCUGGUGCAGGAGCUGGAGCAGUACCAGUUGCUGCCGAAGAGGCUGGAUUGGGAGGGCAACGAGCACAACAGGAGCUACGAGGAAUUGGUCUUGUCCAAUAAGCAUGUGGCUCCUGAUCAUCUGUUGCAAAUCUGCCAGCGCAUCGGUCCCAUGUUGGAUAAAGAAAUUCCACCCAGUAUUUCAAGAGUCACUUCUUUACUUGGUGCAGGAAGGCAGUCUUUGCUACGUACAGCAAAAGACUGCAGGCACACAGUUUGGAAGGGCUCUGCCUUUGCUGCUCUUCAUAGAGGAAGACCUCCUGAAAUGCCAGUGAAUUACGGUUAUCCACCAAGUCUUGUGGAGAUACAUCGAGGCAAACAACUCACAGGGUGUUCCACUUUUAGCACAGCAUUUCCAGGAACCAUGUACCAGCAUAUAAAAAUGCACAGAAGGAUUCUUGGACAUCUGUCUGCUGUUUACUGUGUAGCAUUUGAUAGGACAGGACAUAGAAUCUUUACAGGUUCAGAUGAUUGUUUGGUGAAGAUUUGGUCAACACAUAAUGGCCGCCUGUUAUCCACAUUAAGGGGUCAUUCUGCAGAAAUUUCAGAUAUGGCAGUAAACUAUGAGAAUACAAUGAUUGCUGCAGGGAGCUGUGAUAAAAUAAUUAGAGUGUGGUGCUUGAGAACUUGUGCCCCAGUUGCUGUGCUUCAGGGACACACAGGGUCAAUUACAUCUUUACAGUUUAGUCCAAUGGCCAAAGGCUCUCAAAGAUAUAUGGUUUCUACUGGUGCUGACGGGACAGUUUGUUUUUGGCAGUGGGAUUUAGAAUCUUUGAAAUUUAGUGCACGUCCCUUGAAGUUUACUGAAAAGCCCAGACCAGGCGUUCAAAUGCUUUGUUCUUCUUUUAGUGUUGGUGGUAUGUUUUUAGCCACUGGUAGUACUGAUCAUGUAAUCAGAAUGUAUUUUUUGGGUUUUGAAGCACCUGAAAAAAUCGCAGAACUUGAAAGCCACACUGAUAAAGUUGAUAGUAUCCAAUUUUGUAACAAUGGUGAUCGGUUUUUAAGUGGUAGCAGAGAUGGAACAGCACGGAUUUGGAGAUUUGAGCAGUUAGAGUGGAGAAGCAUUUUAUUGGAUAUGGCUACUAGAAUCUCGGGGGACUUAACCUCCGAAGAGGAAAGGUUUAUGAAACCCAAAGUAACAAUGAUAGCUUGGAAUCAGAAUGAUAGCAUUGUUGUCACAGCUGUGAAUGAUCAUGUCCUCAAAGUGUGGAAUUCUUAUACUGGACAACUGCUUCAUAACUUGUUGGGACAUGCUGAUGAAGUGUUUGUUUUGGAGACACAUCCUUUCGAUUCCAGAAUUAUGUUAUCUGCAGGACAUGAUGGCAGCAUUAUAUGGGAUGUUACAAAAGGCACCAAGAUGAAACACUAUUUUAAUAUGGUAAGUGAAGUCCAGGGUGUCUUCAUGCAUGCUUGCAUUUGUUUCCAGUACUUAGAUUGUAAAGUUCAGCCACAUAUAGAUCUGCAUGUUUUGGCAGUUUAUAUUUAUAAAAAUCAGGGUGAAUGUGUCUCUUGGAGGAGAGAGGGAAAGGCAGAUAGAAACAUCGAUGUGAGAAAAACACAUCGAUUGGUUGCCUACUGCACAUGCCGCCACCAGGGCCAGGGCUGGGGAGGAGCCUGCAGCAGAGGUGAUGGAGAGGUAAUCGAACAAAUUAUAAGCCUACAGACUAAUGAUGGUGAAGGAAGCCCAGAGCCCAGUGUUCUUGAUGGUAUGAUAAGACAGUUGCAACAGCAGCAAGAUGAGAGGAUGGGAGCUGGUCAGGAUAAUAUUCCAAAUGUACUUCCAAAUGGGGAAGAAACACCACGAAGAGGUUUUAGAAGACUAAGCUUAGACAUCCAGUCCCCUCCAAAUAUUGGUCUGCGUCGUAGUGGACAAGUUGAAGGUGUUCGCCAGAUGCAUCAGAAUGCUCCCCGUAGUCAGAUUGCUACAGAGCGGGACCUGCAGGCGUGGAAACGGAGAGUGGUUGUACCAGAGGUACCACUAGGCAUAUUUAGGAAGUUGGAAGACUUUAGAAUAGAGAAAGGUGAAGAGGAAAGAAAUCUUUAUGUGAUUGGAAGAAAAAAGAAGACUCUUCAGUUCUCACAAAAGUCAGAUUCGGUAGUUUUGAUGUCACCGUUUAGGCAGAGGACACGUAGAUGUAAAUAUCCAAAUUAUGGCAGAAGAAAUGUUGGACAGAUUGAGUUGUCUUCUGGAAAUGAGUCUUCAAGCUCUAUAAGACAUACUUCCUGUGAUCAAAGUGAAGCGUCCUGUUCUUCCGAAGAAGAAGAAUGGAAAAGUGAUAGAAGAAGUGAAAGUGAUAGUGAAAGUUCAAGUGACUCUUCAUCUCGAUAUUCUGAUUGGACAGCUGAUGCAGGCAUCAAUUUGCAGCCCCCUUUACGAACUUCAUCUCGUCGGCGUAUUACUCGGUUUUGUAGUAGUUCAGAGGAUGAAGUGUCUACUGAAAAUGUAUCUCCUCCAAAAAGGAGACGAAAGAGAAAGAAAGAAAAUAAGCCUAAAAAAGAGAAUUUGCGGAGAAUGUCUCCGGCAGAGCUCCCAGAUACGGAAGAUUUAUAUGAAUUUCAUCCUCCAGUUUGGAUAACUGACACCACACUUCGAAAAUCUCCAUUUGUUCCACAAAUGGGCGAUGAGGUUAUAUAUUUUCGACAGGGUCAUGAAGCUUAUAUUGAGGCUGUCAGAAGGAAUGACAUUUAUGAACUGAACCCGAACAAGGAGCCAUGGAGAAAAAUGGAUCUUAGGGAUCAAGAAUUGGUCAAAAUAGUUGGAAUACGAUAUGAGGUUGGACCCCCUACACUCUGUUGCCUCAAACUAGCAUUUAUAGAUCCUGCAAAUGGGAAACUUAUGGACAAAUCUUUCUCUAUUAGAUAUCAUGAUAUGCCAGAUGUUAUUGACUUUCUCGUGUUGCGUCAAUUUUAUGAUGAAGCAAGACAGAGGAAUUGGCAGUCUUGUGACAGGUUCCGUUCUAUCAUUGAUGAUGCCUGGUGGUUUGGAACAGUGCUAAGUCAAGAGCCCUAUCAGCCACAAUACCCUGAUAGUCAUUUCCAGUGUUACAUUGUUAGGUGGGAUAAUACUGAAAUUGAAAAGCUUAGCCCAUGGGAUAUGGAACCAAUUCCUGAUAAUGUUGAUCCACCUGAAGAAUUAGGAGCUAGUAUUUCUGUUACUUCAGACGAGCUAGAGAAAUUGCUCUACAAACCACAAGAUGGUGAAUGGGGUCAAAAAUCGAGGGAUGAAGAAUGUGAACGAAUUAUUAGUGGCAUAGAUCAACUUAUGAAUCUCGAUAUAGCAGCAGCUUUUGCAGGUCCAGUUGAUCUGUGUACGUACCCGAAGUACUGUACUGUAGUGGCUUACCCAACUGAUCUUUACACUAUUCGAAUGAGACUUGUUAAUCGAUUUUACAGGAGGCUAUCUGCAUUGGUUUGGGAAGUCAGAUACAUAGAGCACAAUGCCAGAACAUUUAAUGAGCCUGAGAGUGUAAUUGCAAGAUCAGCUAAGAAGAUAACUGACCAGCUUCUAAAAUUUAUCAAGAAUCAAGACUGUACAGAUAUCUCAGAACUUUCUAACACUUCUGAAAAUGAUGAGCAAAAUGCCAAGGCUUUGGAUGAUAGUGAUCUCCCUAAAACAUCUUCUGGAAGAAGAAGAGGCCAUGAUUGGAAAAAAAGGAGCAGCAAAGCCACCAGCUAUGUUGAAAGCAACUGGAAGAAACAGUGUAAGGAACUAGUGAACUUAAUUUUUCAAUGUGAAGAUUCUGAACCAUUUAGACAACCUGUUGAUUUGGUUGAAUAUCCAGACUAUCGAGAUAUUAUAGAUACUCCAAUGGAUUUUGGAACAGUAAGGGAGACUUUAGAAGCGGAAAAUUAUGACAGCCCUUUGGAAUUUUGCAAAGACAUCCGGUUGAUAUUUAGCAAUGCAAAAGCAUAUACACCAAACAAAAGAUCAAAGAUUUACAGUAUGACCUUGAGGUUGUCUGCCUUAUUUGAAGAAAAAAUGAAGAAAAUCUCCUCUGAUUUUAAAAUUAGUCAAAAAUUCAAUGAAAAACUUCGAAGAAGCCAGAGAUUCAGGAGACAGCAAAAUUGUAACCGUUUCAAUCAGGCUAACAAAAGUACCAGAAAUACGAAGCAGAAGCGUUUAAAAUCUCAGAUAAGAGUAAUUCCUGAGUUGGUAGGUUCUCCUACUCAGUCUACCUCAAGCCAGGCAGCUUAUUCUGCAAGCCACAAGACACGUGCUAGUGUCUCUUCAGGUGUUUCUUCUGAGGACUCUUCAGAUUCAGCAGGAUCAUCAGAAAGAAUGAGAAGAAGUAGACCUGUCACUCUAACAAAUGGUUCUACAUUAUCUGAAAGUGAAAUGGAAGAUUCCUUAGGUCCCUCUUUAUCGUCCUCAGCUUCAGAGAGUUCAGAGGAGAGCAAAGGGAAUUCAAGAGCUCGUGAGCCCUCCUUGCGCCGUAGGCUGGCCAGAAGUGGCAAUCUCAGAGUGACCAGAACCCGGGCCGCGCAAAGAAGACCUGGUCCGGUUUCUUUAGAAAAUGGAUGUGGCAGAAAAGCCACUCGAAAGAGAGUCUAUUUAAGUGACUCCGAUAACAAUUCAUUAGAAACUGGUGAAAGUUUAAAAGCCCGAGCUGGAAAUAACCGCAAAGUGCUAAGAAAGUGUGCUGCUGUGGCUGCCAAUAAGAUAAAGCUAAUGAGUGAUAUAGAGGAGAAUUCUAGCUCUGAAAAUGUCUGUUCUGGCCGUAAGCUGCCUCACCGCAAUGCUUCUGCUGUGGCUAGAAAAAAGUUAUUAUAUAAUUCUGAAGAUGAGCAGAGCUUAAAGUCAGAAACCGAAGAAGAGGAGCUAAAAGAUCACAAUCAACCAUCGCCAGUGUCCAGUUCUCAUGCGGCCCAGAAUACUGUCAAUGAAUCUGAAAAUGGAGAUUCAGAGUCAGAAAGUGACUUGCAGGUAGUCCGGAAAAAUUGGCAUGCUAAUGGCUACAAGUCUCAUACUGCAGCAACUUCUAAAACAAAACUUCUUAAAAUAGAGUCUUCUGAGGAAAGUCAUGGUUCAGAUUAUGGACAUAACAGAACUAAUGGCCCAUCAACGUCUGGGCAGAAACUCAAGGCAGGAAGUGUCUCAGGGGAAGAGGAGGAAGCAGAUUCUGAACCAAGAAAAUACCCUGGUAGGAAAUACAGCACAACUCGCAAGAAUGCCACUUCCCUUAAAAAAGCAAAGGUCUUUACUGAUUCAGAGGACUCUGAAUCUGAGGAAGAUAGAGGAGAUGGUAGAUGUCACAAAAUGGAAACAAACCUGCUGUCAGGAAAGUUGAAGAGUGAACCUAUGGCUGCAUCCCACUGUUUCUCAGAUCAUGUGUCUGAAACUGAUGUGGAUUCAGAUGAUGACAAAACAAAAGAAAAACCAAACGAUUUUGUGAAAGAUUCUACAUCAUGGGACCAUGGACAAAGCAGAAAAGUUUCCAGGAAAAGGGUCUGUUCCAGUGAUUCAGACAGCAGUUCGAAAGUGGUUAAGAAAUCCUCCAAAGCCAAAACAGGUUUCCAAAGGAUUCCUCGAAGAUGUGCAGCCACUGCUGCCAGUAAGAUUAAGCUCAUGAGUGACAUGGAAGAUGCUAGUUUAGAAAACGUGUGCACUAGAGGUAAGAGGAGAAGGAAGAAGCCCCUCCGUUUUGCGUGUACCACAGCCGCGAAGAUAGGGAGUGAUUCUGAGGAAGACGCAAACGGUGAAGUGCCAGACGAACAGGGUGCGUGUGAAGGGGAGGCGCCUGAGGCUGACUCAGAAGGUAGCGCAGGAAGCGUUCCUCAGCCUCUCAGUGGAGACUCUGACUCUGAAGGUAUGCCAAGGUCAGAAUAUAGGGACGGGCCUGCCAGGCGUACCGGUAGCCACAGAACAAAUGCUGCACCUUCUAGAACAAAGAGGCCGUCAUUUGGGUCUUCAGAGGAAGAUUCAAAAAGCCAUAUUCCAAGGGGUGAGACUGGUAGAAAAUUUCCUUCCGAGUCAACUUUGGAGCAAAAAACUACAGAGACUAACUUUGAAGAGGAACUGAAUUACGGGCUGCGCAGGUGGAAUGGCAGAAGACUCAGGACCUAUGGGAAGGCUCCUUUCAGUAAGACAGGAGUGACUCAGGACUCCCAGGAAGCAGCUAAGACGGAAACAAGAAGGAAGAGACUGCAUCCUAAAUUGGGAAAUGUGAAAAAUUCAGAAACAACAGGGAAUUCAGAGUGUGGACCGGACACUAGUCCCAAAUCUGACUCAGAGUUGGGAUCUGUAACUGAAUCAGAGGUUGACUGUGCUGAUGAGACAAAAACCAAAAAGAGGAAAACAAAAGGAAAAGCAAAAGUAAAUGUUAGAAAAGAAUUUGUUCCUAGAGACAGAGAUCCCAAUACAAAAAUGAGAACAUGUUUGCAUAAGCAGAAGGAUGCAGUGCAAAUGCCUAGUGACACUCUGAAAGCAAAAAUGGUGCCUGGGAGAGUUCCCCGCAGAUGUGCUACUGUUGCUGCCAAUAAAAUAAAGAUAAUGAGUAAUCUAAAGGAAACGAUUUCAGGACCAGAAAGUGUCUGGAUUAGGAAGAGUAGCAGAAAACUGCCCCAUCGAAAUGCUUCUGCUGCGGCUAAGAAAAAAUUACUGAAUGUGUAUAAAGAGGAUGAUACAAGUAUAAAUUCAGAGAGUGAAAAAGAGCUAGAAGAUACUAAUAGCAAAAUGCUUUUGUUUUAGUCAGAUCAGAUCCUGGAAAGAAAAAGUAGUGACUAUGAAAAUGUGUGUGUGGAAUUGAAACGGGCCACGAGUAAACUGGCAGUUGCAUUCUGCUCCUAGCUGUAAAGUUGACCCCUUGUUGGCACGUUCCGAGGAAUUUUCUGAAAACCCUAAUCCAGAGAGUCACAGUGGGUCCCAGGAAGGCUUCCUCUCAGUGAGUUUUUGUACAGACACUACAAAGAAUUCUGCAGAGGAAAUAGCUCUGUGUGUGAAGCUGAUGGUUGGAGAGGCAGACAGUAAAGACUAAGGACCGCUCAUAAAAGUAUCCCUUUUCAGAAGGAAGGGGCUUGGAGAAAUUUCUUGAUUCCUAAGAGGAAGAAAAUACAGUUGUCCCUCCAUAUCCCAGGGGGUGGGGUUGGUUCCAGGACUUCCCCAAAUCCACAGAUGCUCAAGUCCCUUCUAUAAAAUGGUGUAUUUAUAUAACAGAGACACAUUCUCCCGUAUACUUUUAAAUCCUCUCUACUUAUCAUACCUAAUCCAAUGUAGAUGCUAUGCAAAUAGUUGUUAUACUGUACUAUUUAGGACUAAUAACAGAGAAGUCUACAAAGCAACGAGGGUUGGCCUAACCACAUAGUACACAUCAGCAACAAUGUGACUUUUCCCCUAGUAGAGUAUUCUUGAGUUGUGGUUGGUUAAAGCCCCAGAUGCAGAACCCUUGGAUGUGGAGGGUCAACUCUAAUGGGAAGUGUACAGGGUCUACAGCAAAAACCUAAAGGAAUAAAAAAAUUCAAAGUCCCGGCCUGCUAAUUUUAAGGGUUUUGCAUUAGAGUAUAAAAACUCAGACUCACCACGACCAUGAUGUCAUUAUUAAAAUACAAAUUAGGCACAUUUCACGAAGUGCCAUUGAGCAUAUUUGACUUUUGAAUGAAGCACAUAUGUACUCUAGCAAGAUGCAGUCCCUCCAAUUCACAACCCCAAAGCCAACGAGGACUGGAGGAUUUGGUAAUCCCGGGGUUUUAAUAAUCCGAGUUCUGAAGUAGCGUUGGAAAUAGAGGGAAUCCAUUAAUGUUUUAUUUUGUUUAUAAUAUUGGAAUUCAUAUUGAAUGAUGACCAGUUGAUAUGACUGAUUCAGGGAAUAUAUAUUUUUCUAUGAAACCCAUGAAUGUGACUCACAACUUCUUUUCCUCAUUUUUACUUUCAGGUAGCAGCAUUUACACAGAUGCCAAAAUGUGCCUCAUUAUGAGGCAGGUCUCAGUGUUAAUAAGUUAGAAAACACAAAAUACAAAUCAAGAUCAAAAGAGUCAUAUUUUUAGAUGAUAGAGUAACAUCCUCUUAUGUUUCUCUAUAGCACCUUAAGUGUUAGAACUUUACGAACACAGAGCACAUCUAUUACAGUCUCAUCACAACAAACUUUAAUGGCAGUGUGUCUGGGUUAUUUCAUUGUGGCUUUAAACAGGAUUAGAAAUCUGGUUUUGAUAUUAUAAAGAAUUUCUUUGGCUUGAAGUAUAAUUUGUUAAUAGGUAUUUACUGAAAUGAAAAUCACCAGAUUAAAUGAAUGCACUGUCAAAUCUUUAACAUAGACAUGCUAUUGGAAAACUGAAUUAUUGGUGUUUCCCAUUGAAAAAUAUCUGUGAAUAUUAAUAAUAUGAUUUGCAUGUGUAAAUCUGAAAAAGUAAAAUAUGGAAACCUAAGGGUUUCUAUUCCUUUUUCUUUAAAAGAUUAAUGUAAUGCUUUUUUUGUUUUGUUUUGUUACACAGAUUGGCCAAGUGUCGUAGAUUUCUUGAGAAAUUUGUGGUUGCAUGUCUACUUAAAAAAAGGCUUUUUUGUUGUUUUCUUUUUCUUAGCAUAAGCCAGAAUACUUCUACCCUACAGUUCGUGUCCUUUGUUCUGUUUAUAGCAUACUUUCAUCUGCAAUACCGAUACCAGUGUCUUGUUACUAGUGCAGGUGAGGAAGGGGAGAAUUCCAAAUAAAUAAAACUUUUAGGUGCAUGGGCUUUGCUUUUUGAUAUCUAAUGAAAUUAAACCUAUUUCCAGUCCCAUAUUUACACUUAAUUUCAUAGAAAUUUUUUAUUGGGUAUAUAAUUAACAAAUACCAAAAAAUGAAAAUAGUUGUCUCAGUUAAGAUUACUUUAUGUAAAAGGUUUUGACCAUUUCAGUGUAAUGAAAGGAUUUCAAUUUUGAAUUUAUAAUUUAUUGUGGUUGGGUUAAUUUCUGUCAGUACCCUUCUCUGGUUUAGUAUUUAAUUUGAACAUAUAUUUGCCUUUUUUUAAGUGCUCAGCCUAAACUUAUUGUAACUGCAUGAAAUAAGCUUUUGUUUAAAUCUUAACAUUCUUGUAAAAUGCUCUCUAAAAGGUAUGCAGAAUUUUAAUCACGGACAAAUGUAUUAUCAUUGCCCUAUUUAUAAUUUCAAUCAGCUUUUAGAAAUGAUUUCUUUAUAAUUAUGAAAUCAAAUUGAAGAUCUUAAUAGUAAAAUUGACAUAAAUUUAACAAAGGGGCUAGGACAAAGUGAUACCAAGACCUUUUAUUUUGUAAUUCAGUCAUUCUAUAAAGCCAAUUAACCCAGGAGUCUUAAUGCAGUUUUAAAACAUCACAUUGGUAAUCUUGUCUAUUCUAGCUCACUAAAGUUUCCUAAGCUCUUGCAGGAUAGGAAUUGGGUCUUACUGUUUAUAUUUGUGUUCAAAUUUUGCUUUGAAGUCCAGCUUUAUAUUUUGCAGUAAUGUGUAACACUGCUAAAUAUUGGUUUUAUGUAAAUGCUUUUGUUGAUCAGUGUCUCCACAUCCUAAAAGCAAGAUGUUUCUAGGAACUUUCUGAGGUUUUUUUGAUUGUCUCAGGAGGCUCCCCCGACCCCAAAUUAGUACUUAGUUCGGAUUAUUUAUGGACAGCAUUCCAAAAUGUAAGCAAUGCCAUGUAGUUUCAGCCCAACUGAAUCUAGGUAAAUGUGUUUUUAAAAUGUUUCCAUUGCAAUUCCGGAUAUUUUCGCUGUUGUUUUAACUAUGGUACAGUUGUCCUUUUUCCUCCUGCUUGGAAUAGUGCUCUGUGAACUGUCUGCCAGCAAAUUUGAAAGAGAACCAAUUAAACACUUUGCUUGUAAGUGAAAGGCUGUUGAAAGCGGAAGCAAAUUUUGUAUUAGAAAUGGCCACGUUUUUAAAAAGCAGCUCAUAUUUUUGCAGUCUCAUAGUCUUUCACAUCAGCUUGACGACCACCAGCUUUUGAAAUGUGAAUUCCUCCUGCAGAGUAAAGGCCUCAUGUUUAUACCA